CCUUUACUUAGUUGUUACCGAAAAUGUCGAACUCAAAUGGACAUUUUUCUGCCAUUAAAAAUGUUUUUGAUGAUGCUGUUGAGAAUGGUGAAGUUACGUCACUUGAAUUCACUACUCGGCUCUCUGAAAUGAGUAUAAACUUGUCACCUGAAGAGAAAAAACUUCUAGCGCAGCGUGUAGACAGCGAAAUGAAAAUGUCGUACAAGCAGAUUCUGGAAAAUCAUUCGUCAGACAAUGGAAAUGAAAAAUUGUCUAGAGAAUUACAAUUCCAAAUCUUGUUAGUCCUACAUAUUCGUCUUUUAUGCUCAUUUGAAGAAGCUGAACUAUGUGCUGAUCAUGAACUUGGUGAUUGGGUAAUUAAAAUGAAGAUUAUCGUAUUUAAGUUUAGAUUUCGGAACUGAUAAGCCGACUUAGUUUAUGUGAUCCAACUUGUCACGAGUGGAAGAAAUUUCUUAGAUU